GUGGGGGCACGGGUCCAGAGCAGCCUGCGGGCCUGAGGCAAGAGCAGGGGGCAGGGUCGGGACGCGGGCAGGGCUCUUCACGCGCCAAGGACUGCUCACACGUGCAUCAGUGUUGCACACGCGUGUGCCGUGAGGCGGCGAGAAGAGCACGGCCAAGCCGUGUACGCAGAGACCCCCCGCCAGGCAGCCAGAGAACGCAGCUCCAGAUGCAGGGUCAAGGGUCCACAGGCAGCCGGUCCGCCGUCACAGGCCGGGAAGACCACUCACGUGUGCCGAGUCCAUGCUCCCGACCUGGGGUCACCCUGCGUGACCCUGCGGCCGGGCUCGGGGCAAGGAGAGCCUCACACGCGCAGCCCGGGCCUGCCCACCUUGGAAGGUCGGCGGCGAGAUGUCUGCCCACAACAUGUCCUGGAUCCGGUACCCCAGCCGCGUCUCCACGGACGUCGAGGCUGUCAUAGCCGCGCAGGGCGUUGUGUCCAGAUGCACGCUCGUCUACGCGGUUCUGUUCGUCCCCGUGAGCCUGGCGGCCGGGCUCUUCAACCUCGCCACCUUCCUCCGCGGCCGUGCCAGGCUGGGGGGCCUGGACGUCUGCCUGCUGGACCUCACCGCCACCGGCCUGCUGGCAACGCUGCUCUCGCUGGCGGCCAUCGGCCGGCCGGACUACCUGGCCACGACCAACCUGGGCUGUGCCGUCCUCUCCCUUCUGUCCAACGCCUGCUACUUCAACGCCCAGUACGUGCAGCUGGUGCUGCUCUUUGCGUUCCUGCUGCGGCGACCCCCGCCCUGCCUGCGCGCGGCCGCCCAGGGGCCCCGGGGGCCUGCCGCCAGCCUGGCUGCCGCUGGGGGCUGUGCUGUCUGCAGCUCCCUGGGGGCCGUGGCCCUGCUGGGCACCUCUGGGGAGCUUGACCACACCACGCUGUGUCAGGCGGACCCCCUGACCGCCUGGCCUGAGUACGAGAUGGUGAAAGUCAGCCUGGGCUUCGGGCUGGCCCUGGUCCUGCAGCUGGCGUUCCUCGUCCUGCUCGGUGUCCAGCGGGCCAGGCGGGCCGCUCCGGCCCAAAGGGACGCGGCCUCCGCUUGCCCGGUGGUUCCGGCCAUCGUCCUGACCACGUUCGCCUGCCGCCUCUUCUACAACGUGGCACUCGUCCGGCGGGCCAGGCUGAAGCUGCAAAGGGACAUCGGCUCCCCCGGGGACGAGCUGCUCAUGAACCUGGCGGAGCUGGCCCUGUUUGGAGAGAGCUGCGUGGGCUCCCUGGCCACGCUCUUCCUCCACAAGCCGUGCAGGCUGGCCCUGCGCAGCGUGCCAGCGCGUCUCUGCCAAAGCCGCAGGAGAGGAGCGGCCGGCACCAGCUUCGCCCUCAACGGAGUGGGGGGCUAGCUUGGAGCCCCGCCUGCCGGACGCAAGCCUGCGGCCAGAGGGGGCUCCCCGCAGUGCUGCAGAGCCUCGGCGGCCUGGGGAGUGCCCAGGGCAGGACAGGCCGUCCGGGGGGCACUUCCCAGAGCCCAGCUGUCUGGCUUCCCCCCCAGUUUGCGCCACGCUCGACACCUCAGCCCAAACCGACACCCCCAGCCGGAGGGAUGUGCCCAGCAUGGGGAGCGAGCGCUGGCCGAGCCCGGACAGGGGCGGAAGGUCCUGAGGUGUCUGCUUGCCGGCACCCCCCUCCCCCCAUCAAAGGGCAGGGAGCAAUCUUGAAA